CCGGCCUAUAAAUCCCCGCCCGUGGGGCGGAUUUCGCACUGGUCCCCUGCCAGCCGGGAUGCCGAGGAGCGCUGAGCGCUUGCACCAGGCCCCGAUGCCCAGCCCCACGGCAUCCCGAGUGUCCCAUGGCGACAGCCCCGCUGGCCUGACUGGCGGGGCCCAGACUCGCCCCACGGUGCUCACCCACGGAACGAGUGCCCCCUCCAGGAAGCAGCAGGUGCCACCGUACCCCCUGGCGAUGGGGGACCCCCAAACCACCCCCCACCUCCAGGCUCUGCUGCAGGACACCCAGCGCCAGGCACUGCUCAUCCAACAGAUAUCUCCGGAGCCCAGUGCUCGCCCCUCCAUCCUGCACCUCCAGUCCCCCGGCGUGCUGGUGCUGAGGUCCCACCACGGCUUGACACACGGGAUUAACAUCACGGGCAUGGAGUGGAUUCCGAGGGACCCGCCUGCCCCCUACUCGCCAGACCGGUCCCCCCCACAGCGCUGCCCCAGCCCCAGGGACCACAGCGGGCACACUGAGAGAUACCCCCAGCAGGACCCGCUCUGGGCACAGGACAGGGCAGCCCAGUGCCAGCGGCAGAGGGAGCUGGUCGAGAAUCUGGAGGAGCAGCUGGAGCGGGAGCGGCGGCGCCUGGGGGCCAUGCAGGCCAAGCUGGCCACGACGGAGGCCACGGACCGAGCCCUCGACCCAGCAAUGUCAGCGAAGGGCCAGCGCUGCACCUCCCACCCCCCCAACCCGUCGGGCUGGACCCGGUCCGGAGCCACCCUCCCUGCCCAGAAGGGGGUGCUGCAGCCGCCACUGACCCCCCAGACCCACCCCUGCAUCAGCCACGGCGCCGGCAUCUGCUCAGACCUGGGCCCCACCCUGGAGUUUUAUCGGUUCAGCAGGGCCCGGCCGCCUUUUACCUACGCAAUGCUGAUCCGCUGGGCCAUUCUGGGAUCCCCCCACCGCCAGCUGACGCUGAAUGAGAUUUAUCAAUGGUUCAGCCGCAUGUUCGGCUACUUCCGCCACAACACGGCCACCUGGAAGAACGCCGUGCGGCACAACCUGAGCCUGCACAAGUGCUUCGUGCGAGUGGAGCACGUGAAAGGCGCCGUGUGGACGGUGGACGAGGCCGAGUUCCAGAAGAAGCGGAACCAGCGACCAACCCCGUACGGUGCCCUGGGGUGGGCGGGGCCUCCCGUUAGCCACGCCCAGGGACCACCAGCUAUUAGCCACACCCCCAGGAGGAUCCAGCAGGGUGGGUGGGGCCACCCGUUAGCCACGCCCCCAGGGGAAUCCAACAGGGUGGGUGGGGCCACCCGUUAGCCACGCCCCCAGGGGAAUC